CAUACGUACACACCUAUUUGUAUAUGUCUUAUAUGGAAAACAAAAAAAAUAUUAUAUGUGUACAUAAAGUCUGUUGUGUUCAUUUUAAUGCUCAAGCUUGUUUAGUACUUCUAUACACACAUGGCAACUUACCUACAUCCUAAUCAUGCUAUACAUGCAUGCAUACGUAUAUGCAUGUAUCAUCAUCUGAUGUUAUAUGGCUCAAGAAACAUGUAUAUUGACAACAAGCAUGAUCAUAAAAGGGUUCCUCAAAGAACAUUCUACACAUCUGAAACUGUAUAACACAAAAGAAUUUAA